UGCCCACAGUCCGCUCCCCCUCCCUCCCUAAAGGUCCGCAGUGUCUGGUCAUGUCCUGUACUGUCUGCAGUCUCUGGUCAUCUGUACUGUCCACAGUCUCUGGUCAUCUCCCAUACUGUCCGCAGUCUCUGUUCUUCUCCUGUACUGUCUAAAGUCUCUGUUCAUCCCCGAUACUGUCCGCAGUCUCUCGUCAUCCCCUAUACUGUCCGCAGUCUCUGGUCAUCCCCUAUACUGUCCGCAGUCUCUGGUCAUCUCCUGUACUGUGUCCACAGUCUCUGGUCCAUCUCCUGUACUAUGUCCGCAGUCUCUGGUCAUCUCCUGUACUACGUCCGCAGUCUCUGGUACAUCUCCUGUACUGUGUCCGCAGUCUCUGGUCAUCUCCUGUACUGUGUCAGCAGUCUCUGGUCAUCUCCUGUACUGUGUCCGCAGUCUCUGGUCAUCUCCUGUACUGUGUCCGCAGUC